UGCCUGGUUCCUGUGUCGAAGCAUCUGUGUAGUGAAUUCUUAGUCGCUUAGGGAGCGAGCCUUCACUCCUUUACUGAGAGAUAUACUAACUGAUGAACAGUCAUCCACCUCAAUGUGUAUGGUCAUAUUUGCUCCGCUUUUUGCUGUUUGUGCAUUUGCAACAUGUGGUGGAUAUUCUGGUCAGAUAAUGGUUAAAGUAGAAUGCAUGGAAAAAAACCAAAGAAAUAUCAGCAUCAUUUUUGGCUAUCCGUUCAGACUGCAGCAGGUGCACUUCAGUGUCCCUCUCUGUGAGGGUAAGAGGUAUGAGACGCUCUUCCUCGAGGGAGACUACUCUCCUUCAGCACAAUUCUUUGUUACGGUGUCUGUGUUAGCAUUUCUCUACUCGCUCCUAGCUACAGUAGUCUACAUUUUCUACCAGAACAAGUACAGAGAAAAGAACAGAGGUCCUCUAGUGGAUUGCCUGGUGACUGUGAUUUUCUCAUGUCUGUGGCUUGUGAGCUCGAUAGCAUGGGCUAAAUCUCUCUCUGGAGUAAAGACAGCCACAGAUGUGAGUCUGAUACAGAUGCUAAUGUCUGCCUGCAGAGAUGAAGAGAACUUGUGUGAGACACUAGAGGAGCCGAGCUGGACCAAUCUUAAUGUUUCAGUGGCUUUUGGCUUUCUGAAUUUCUCCCUGUGGGCUGGUAACAUUUGGUUUGCCUACAAAGAAACAGGCUUACACAAGUCCGGUCAACGCUAUCCCUCCAGAACUCCCUCUGAGAAACGCAGUGGUAGCUUCAGGCAGUACAGUCAAAGCAGUUUUGACCAAUCUGGAACAGGUUAUGGACAGAGACUCUACAGCCAGCCAAGUUUUGACCUAUCAGGUGGAGGCCUCAGCCUAUUGCAGACCAGUCUGGCACAACCUAAUGUUUACAGGCAGAUGGGCAGUCCCACAUCUAGAGGACCGCUCAUAUUUGUCAAUGAAAGUCAGUGAGAUAAGAAAAUGCAGAGUGGUUAUGCUAUAUGAGGGAGAUAGUCAGGAGACAAGACUGCGAAAAGUAACUGACUAGAGAUACACUAAUCUCUGAAAAGUCAUAUAAAGUGGAAAAAGACAGUAAAGGAAUGAAUCUAAGACACCAUAUGUGGAAAUUGUAUGAUUAUUGGUAGAAGGGGCAGCGAGUUUAAGUGUUUUAUUUAGAUUAGUUUGUUGAUUUUAUAUAUUUUUUGUUCAUUUAAUUAUCAUUGAGUGUGGUUUAAAUAUAAUGACAAUUGUAUAAGAUAUAUAUUUUAUGUGAGACUUGUGUGAGAGUGUAUAAUAUUACUUUAAUAGGAACACCAUUGCCACUACUUAUACAUGCAAUUAUCCAAUUAGACAAUAGUGCAUCCUGCAGAUACAGGUCAAGAGCAUGAGUGAAUGUUCACAUCAAACACCAUAAUGAGGGAAAAUGUGCUCUAAGUGACUUUAACCAUGGCAUGGUUAAAUAUUUAUAAAUAAUAUUUCAAAAACUGGGAUUUUCACACACAACAGUCCAUAGAGUUUACAAAGAAAGAUCUGUCUUGCAGGUUUCAGUAAGUCAGUCUUUACAACCAUGGUGAGUGGAAAUCAUCUUAGAAUGCACAAUACAUUGAAUCUUGAUGUUCCUAUUAAAGUGGUCAGUGAUUGUAAGUGGAUAUAACAAUACAUUUCAUUAUUUAUUUGGGUUCUACCACUGUAAAGUAGUGUCUAUGGUAUAUUACCCAUGUACAGUUUCAAAUGUGUAAUGUAAAUGUAAUAAUUGCUUAAUGUAAAUGUGUUGAUAUUGUAACCUUAUAGGGUUUAAAAUUGAGAAAUGACAACCACAGUCUGACACUACUAGGUGUCUGAAGAUGUAAAAAGACUGAUAUGAGGGCUGUAUUAUUAAUGGCUAUCUGUUCAAAGUGUUCAGUUCAGUGCAGAAAGUGUGUCAGAGUCUAUGCAAGUGAUGCAAUCAUGUUGUAACUUGCCUAUAAUGUUGAUCUCUCUGAUCUAACCUUGUCAAAAUAUGGAAAUAAAAACACUACAAUUCCACCAACUUGCUGUGAUGACUGUUACAUGAAUAUAAACAUAAGAACGACUUGGAUCACUGAGGUGUAUUUUUUUCUGAUCAGAGAUCAGAAGUGCUGAAUAUAAAUAUAAACAUAAGAUUGAAACUCUGAAUCAAUUGCAUUUCUGCAAGCUGCAAUACAUCAUGCUGAGAAUGUAUACACCCUAACAAGAUUAUCAUAUAU